UUUCGACUGCAAAUUGAGAUGAAUUUGAACUUGGAUGGCAUUAUAAAAUAUAAAGUGCUGCGAAUGUUAAAAACUUGUAAUACUUGAUAUUAAAAAUAAACGAUUCUUGUAUUUAUAGGAAGACGACUGUACAAUACAGUCUUUGGAAAAAUCGAACGAGGUAGCUGACUGGCAUUGCACGUGCGAAGUGUUUACGAAAUGCACUCGCAUAUUCUGUAAAUCAGGACGUUGAUUCCCCGGUGGAAUUACUUAAAAUCAUUGUUUGCUGGAAGACUGUUUCGUCAAACAAGUACACAACUUGUAUAAUCACUGUGGAAGAUUGUAAAAUGAUCCGUUGUCCACUACGUUCGCGAUGGCUUCCUGCAAGUUUACUGAACGUGAACCGAAGCGGCCAGCAGUGUGCGCUGAGUCACUGCCCGGGAUUGAGUGGCAAGCACCCGGUACAGCAGAGUUGCGUCCACGCUCCCUGGAUGAGGUUAAACUGGGCACCACUGUGUACUAUGGACAACCCAUCACCGCCUACGCACAGUAGACAAGGGCAAAUGAAAUCAUCCAAGCGGUCACUGACAAAUCUCAGUUCGGGCACUUGUUUACUUCCAUGGAUCAAGCCAGUGCCAUUACACUCAGUGAAUAAUUAUCAGGCUGCAAAUUUUGUUAGUGAUGCCUCAUCAAACAAUGGCAAGAAAGCAUUAAGAAUUGGAAAGUCGAAAGUGGGUCAAUUACUAGCAAGCAAUCCUAUGACCAGAGGAAAACCGAAGGAAGGUAGAUUGCAAGAAAGAUCAACGACUUGUCCUAAAUUUACACAAGAAAAUGAAAAGGAUGAAAUUGACAUUCACAGCCCAGAGGGGGCCCUCCAAGAUUCUCUACCUACUGAAGAUGAAUUGCAUCAAAUGUUGUAUCUCAGAAACAGCAAAUAUGCCUCAACAAAACUACACAAAAAAGAGUCGCAUCGUUCUGUUGAUGAUGUCAAGGAAAUGAAUGCUUUUGAUGAGCAAUAUUUUAAGAAUGUAGCAAAUUAUGAGAAUCAAUCGAUGGUAGAUCACAGCAGUCUUCCAGUCAAGCACACAUCUCCUGAUGAGCCGAGCAAAGAUCACACAAAUGAAUUUGAUCGUCAAUAUUUUGCAAGUGUGCAAGACCAAGCUCAUUUUUCAAAGGAAACAAGAAAUAGUCUGAAGAAGUCCACACCAGUCUACAUAGACACAAACUCAGCAGAAAAUCACAUUGAUAAUCAUGCUUAUAGCGCAAAGACAAAGGAAGCCAUGAAGCUUUUUGACAAAAAGUUAGGAACAUUGUUUGAAAGCAAUUCGAAUAAGUCAGAAAAUAUCAACCUCAGAUCGCUGUUUGAACCUCAUGAAACCUCAACCACAUUUAGGAGGAUUGAGGACGACCAAGAUCACCACAAGGAGGUUACAUUUGAGAUGGAGACAAGUUUUGAAGACACAUCUCCUGAGAUGAUAUUAAGCAACAGACCUCUGAAAGCAAAAUUAGAAGCUGAGCGCAAGUUCGUGGAGUCAAAAGAGGAGUUCCGUAUUGGGGAUCAUAACUUUGCAGACCUUGAGCCCGAGAUAAUUAAAGCUUUGAAGACUGCUUGGGAAUCUAAAACAAAAAGGGUAGUCAGAAGAAAAAAGGAGAAGAACAAGAUAUUCGGAACACCAGAUCCUAAUUUACCAUCUACCAAUGUUCCCUGCUCAGGAUGUGGAGCUAUCUUCCAAGGGCAUGAUGCUAAGCAACCAGGCUUUAUGCCGAGUGAGAAGUUUAAGGAGCUCUUGGAUAAUAAUGGACUAGAGAGGGCAGUAUGUCAGAGAUGCUGGUUAAUGACCCAUCGUGAGAUGGCUCCGGAUGUUAGCAUCAGAGAGGAUGACUACCGAGAUAUUAUAAGCUCUAUCAGGAAGAAAGAAGCCCUUGUAUUGGUUCUUGUAGACAUGCUAGACUUCCCUUGUAGUCUGAUUCCAAACCUGAAGGAGCUUGUUGGGGAAAGCAAACCUAUGGUUAUAGUGGGCAAUAAAGCUGACCUGCUCCCUAAGGAUUCUGAAGAUUGUUACCAGCGCAUGAGAACACAGUUACUACAAGCAUGUGUAGAUGCUGGAGUGUGUAAUGGUGACAAUGUCAAACACGUUGCUCUCAUUAGUGCCAAGUCUGGCUUUGGUAUCGAGGAUCUCAUCACUGCAUUACAGAAGAAGUGGGGCUCACUGGGAGAUGUUUAUCUCAUAGGGACAACGAAUGUUGGAAAGUCUACAUUGUUUAACCAUCUCCUUAAGUCUGACUACUGCAAAGCUAAAGCAUCAUGGUUGAUUAGUAAAGCUACAAUCUCACGAUGGCCAGGCACAACGCUCAAUCUACUCAGGUUUCCAGUUGUAAGACCAACUGCCGAGAAAGAAGCUUUGCGACAGACAAGAUUACUGGCAGAACGUAAACAGGCAAAGGCUAAGGAAGAGUUGAAGAAGAAACAGCACAAACAGGAUAUUGGGAAGCUGGAUGAAGAGGCUUAUGUCCGAGGUUCUGUUGGAAGAUCUUAUGACAUUAACAUACAGAAAGAUGAGAAUGAGUUAGAUGAUAGUGAUCCAUUUUCAAUCACAGUCGGCAAGGUGUCAUCUUCGUCAUCUUCCAGUCAACUGGCUCCUAAAAUAAACAAGGAAAAGCUUCCGUUUUCAUUCAGGGAUGAAGAGUUUGAUCUUGGUCGAUGGUUUUAUGACACCCCAGGAUUGAUCAAUGAUCAACAGAUUUUGACCAAGUUAACAUCGGAAGAAUUGAAGGCUGUAGUGCCAAAGAAGGUUCUCCUUCCUAAGACUGUUGUCAUCUUGCCUGGUAAUACAAUCUUCAUCGGUGGAAUGGGUCGUCUGGAUUAUCUAGAGGGUCACAAGGCAGCCUUCUUCACAGUCUUUACUUCUAAAGCUUUGCCAGUCAGUCUCGUCUCAACAGAUAAAGCUGAUGAGCAGUAUCAACACUGGUUGGAGAAUGGUCGCUUAAAGGUACCUCUAGGGGGUAAGGAGCGACUAAAGACUCUACCUCCAUUGCAGCCAAUGGAGAUGACGGUCCAUGGAGUAGGAUGGGACUGCAGUGCGGCUGAUGUACUCUUCUCAUCUGUCGGUUGGGCAGCAGUAACAGCGGCUGAUGGAAUGGAGGUUAAACUACGAGCCUACACCCCCGGAGGGUUAGGCUGUAUUCUUAGACGCCCCGCCCUUCUUCCUUAUGUGGUCAACCUAAGAGGGAAGAGACAUGCUAAGACCCCGUUCUUCAGGGUGGAUAGAGAGAAGCUGUUGCGCUAUUUAUAGACUGAAAAUAAAUCUUAAAAUGUUUUUACAAUCUUAAGCUUGAAAAUUUGUCUGGCUUGUACACACAGAUUUUGGACACAAAAGUCAAGGUUAAUUCAUAACAGAUUUCCUGUCAGACUGUUUUAUUUUAUUCCAAAUCAUGGGUUUGAAUUGAUGCAUAAAUCUCUUUGUCAGUAGAAUCUUAAAGUAUAUUAUUGAACUGAAAAUUAUUGGAUGAACAUAAAUAUGGAACAAGAACCUUC